UGUAACCCCAAAACCAAUUGUCAAAUAAAGGUAGCAAGCAGCUGUGAUAUACGUGUUUUUAUUUAUUAAUAUCUCGAUAAUGUGCGUUUAAGACACGAAAAUUAAAUGUGAAACGCGAAAUAAUCAUGUCGAGCCGUCGUUCGAUACUCGGAUCGGCGCUUGACGCUCUACCACCGCCAUCAGAUCCUCUUCGCGAAUUAUUUGAGGCAUGUAAAACUGGCGAUGCUGUUCGAGUAAAAAAGUUAAUUACUCCACAAACGGUGAAUGCCAGGGACACGGCUGGACGAAAGUCGACUCCUCUACACUUCGCUGCAGGAUACGGUCGCAGGGAAGUUGUGGAGAUUUUGAUAGCAGCCGGGGCGGCUUUGCAAGCGCGUGACGAUGGAGGCUUGCAGCCGUUGCAUAACGCCUGCUCCUUCGGCCACGCCGAUGUGGUGAGGGCUUUGCUCGGAGCCGGGGCCGCUCCAGCCGCCAGGGACAAUUGGGGGUACACGCCGUUACACGAAGCCGCCGCUAAGGGAAAGGUCGAUGUGUGCAUUGCGUUGCUGCAACACGGUGCUGAUCCGAAUAUCCGCAACACGGAAGGCAAGACCCCGCUCGACCUAGCAGACUCCGCUACCAGGCCUGUGUUGACAGGUGAAUACUGUGCAGCGGAUGUCCUAGAAGCAGCUAGGUCGGGAGCCGACGACCGACUAGCGUCCCUGCUUACCCCUCUAAACGUUAACGUUCACGCUAGCGACGGCAGACGAUCUACUCCAUUGCAUCUCGCCGCUGGGUAUAAUAGGGCAAGGGCUGUAAGAUUACUGCUGCAACGAGGCGCCGAUGUGCAUGCUAAAGAUAAAGGAGGUCUAGUCCCUCUCCACAACGCGUGUUCGUACGGACACUACGAGGUCACAGAGCUGUUGGUAUGCUCCCUCCUCCUAAGUGAGGGGGCGGACCCCACCCUGCUGAACUGCCACGGGAAGUCGGCGCUGGAUGUAGCUCCUACCAGGGAACUGCAGGAGAGGCUGGCUUUCGAGUAUCGAGGGCACUGUCUCCUCGAAGCCUGCCGUCUUGCCGAACCGGCCAGGGUGAAGAAACAGCUCACUGCCGUAUCAGGUCAUCAACAUCAGAACUCUCAAGCCUCGACUAGUGGUAGUACUCCAUCUCUUCCCGGGGAGUGCAGCGUGGAGGCCCUGGUCAACUUCCAACACGUAGGAACGGGGGACAGGCCGCUACACUGCGCCGCCUCCAGCGUCUACCCUAAGCGGAAACAGGUAAUGGAGAUGCUGAUCAGGAAGGGUGCCCGAGUGAACGAGAAGAACAAGGAUGGCCAGACUCCGUUGCACGUCGCCACCGAACACGCUCACCUAGACGCCAUGGAUCUUUUGUUGCGGCAUGGCGCGAAAGUAAACGCAUGCGAUGGCCGUGGAUCAAGCGCUUUAGCUGUGGCAGCUCGGAGGGAUUCCGCUGCAGCCUGCAGACUCUUACUGGCUUGUGGAGCUGAUACCACCACUGACGCCAUGUACCCCCAGCCUGAUGAUGCUUGCGCGAACGCAGCGGCGCUUCGCCUUCUAGAGGCGGCGCGGACUGGUGACGUUGAGAACGCGCGUACCAUACUGGACGCGCGACCGAGGCUCGUCAACUGCAGGGACGUCGAUGGACGGCAUUCCACCCCCCUACAUUUUGCUGCUGGGUAUAAUCGUCUUCCCUUAGCUCAGUUACUCUUACAACGAGGAGCCGACGUUCACGCUAAGGAUAAGGGAGGACUAGUCCCCCUCCACAACGCGUGUUCGUACGGCCACUACGAGUUGACAGAGUUGUUGGUCUCUGCCGGCGCUGGGGUCAACGCGGCCGACCUUUGGAGAUUCACCCCCUUACACGAGGCAGCCGCUAAGGGCAAGGCGGAUAUUGUCCGGUUAUUGUUAAAGCACGGUGCAGACCCGACAAGAAGAAACAGAGAUGGUUUGACCCCGCUUCAGUUGGUACGUGCUGGUGACAGCGAUACAGCUGACGCGCUGAGAGGCGACGCUGCGUUACUGGACGCAGCCAAACGAGGGGAUCUUGCUAGAGCCAGAAAAUUAAUAACGCCACAGAAUGUCAACUGUAGGGAUACGCACGGACGAAAUUCGACGCCGUUGCAUUUAGCUGCUGGUUACAACAAUCUGGAAGUAGCGGAGGCUCUUUUGGAAGCCGGUGCUGGAGUAUCAGCUCGCGACAAAGGUGGCCUGGUUCCCCUGCACAACGCAGCCUCGUACGGUCACGUGGAACUGGCUGCCCUCCUCCUCAGAGCUGGUACACCCCCCAAUGCUGCAGAUAGGUGGGGAUUCACGCCCCUACACGAAGCCGCCCAUAAAGCAAGGACGCAGCUCUGCGCGUUAUUACUAGCUCACGGCGCUGACCCUUACCUCAAGAAUCAAGAAGGUCAGACGGCGCUGGACCUGGCCGGAGCUGAAGACGUCCGCUCGCUACUCCAAGAUGCGAUGACGUCAGCAGCCGGGUCCGUCGCCGCCCCCGCCCCCCUACCUCCCCCACUACCCCCUCCUCAGCAACCCGUAUUGAUGCCCAGCGGAGACACCGUGCCGUUGGCUUUACCGGUGGUACCUUCAAAUUACUGGGCGGAAGGUUCUCGAGGCAGCUUAGAGGAUGCAGCCGGGAGACCUGCAUCGGCCCUGUCCACAUCAGAAUCCCUGCAGACUUUCCUAUCCAGCAUUGGUUUGGAACAAUUAACUCAAGUGUUAGAGCGAGAACAAAUUACGGUUGACAUUUUAUCGGAAAUGUCCCACGAGGAUCUGAGAGCUGUUGGCGUCGCCGCCUAUGGACAUAGACAUCGGUUGCUGAAGGCAGCCAGGCAUAGUCUUCAAGCUGCUUCAGAAUGGUACGGCGGCACGACGCUGGUGGAGGUGGCGCCCCCCGCGGAGGGGGAGUGCGCGGAGUGCGAGUACAGCAUCGUGGAGCGCGAGAUGCAGGCCUCCGUCCGCGCGCAUCGCGACCACGCGGGGGGCAUGUUCACGCACUACAAUGUCGUACGGAUACAGAAGUUGGUUAACGGUCGACUAUGGGAGCGCUACCAGCACAGACGCCGCGAGGUCCUCGAGGAAGCCGGUGCACACAACGAGCGAAUGCUAUUCCAUGGGAGCCCAUUCAUUAACGCCAUCGUGCAAAAAGGAUUCGACGAACGACAUGCUUAUAUAGGCGGUAUGUUCGGCGCUGGAAUCUACUUCGCCGAGCAUUCGUCAAAGAGCAACCAGUACGUUUAUGGAUUCGGAGGCGGGUCGGGCUGUCCUGCGCAUAAGGACAGGAGCUGUUAUCUUUGUCAUAGGCAAAUGCUCCUCUGCCGCGUGACGUUAGGCCGUGCGUUCCAGUUGAUGAGUGCAAUGAAGAUGGCACACGCCCCCCCCGGCCACCACUCCGUCGCCGGCAGACCCUCGCAGGGAGGGCUCUGCUUCCCAGAGUACGUCGUCUAUAGAGGGGAACAGGCGUAUCCAGAGUAUUUAAUAACUUACCAAAUUGUGAGCGGGGAAUCGAACUCAGGUGCGGUGUGAAAGUGAAAAUCAGUGUUCAGUAUUUUCUGUGGACUGUGUGGAAACACGACUGAUAGUGUAUGACAUUACGUCAUAGCUACAUAAUAAUAAUAAUAAUUUGAUGGAUUCUCUGACAUACAUACAUAUACUGUUAUACUAGCUUCCGUAUGCGACUUCGUUCU